CAGGUUGCGUCUUCUUCGGUCAUUCUUCGUUGGGACAAUCCAGCGGAGCGUCCUGGUCCUCAGCGAGUUUCUUUCCCAGUCGCUUCAGAUGACGACGCCGUCGCGUUCGACCACCUCCUCAAAGUCUCUGAAAAGGCUACAUUCGGUCUCGACGGGCGGCACGAAUUCGAUGAAACCUACCGCAAGGCUCAGAAGCUCGGUGCGGGUGAUUUCUGCACCACCUUCUGUCCGUAUGAAACAGGCAUCAUCGACGCUGUUUGCCAGGUUCUUCUCCCCAGUUAUGACAUGGACGAAGACAAGCGGGCAAUCCGUGCGGAGCUGUACAACAUGAAUAUCUACUCUGGUCCUUCGGGCAAGUUCAAGGCGCACGUCGAUACUCCUCGUUCGCCCUACCAGAUUGGCUCCUUGGUUAUCUGUCUUCCGAUGAAGCAUGAGGGUGGCGAGCUGGCCGUGAGACAUUUUGGACAGACUCAUUCCUUCGACUGGGCCAAGAGCUCCACCAAGUCUGUCAUUCAGUGGGCGGCCUUCUACAGCGACUGCGCACACGAAGUGUUCGAGGUCAAGUCCGGUCACAGGGUUACGCUGACAUACAACUUGUAUGCGACAGCAGGAAACGGAGACCUCGGAGGUCAAAUAUCUGCUUUCAGCCCUACUUCGCUGCCACUCUACAAGCAGGUUGUAGACUUGCUCGGCUCCAAGAAAUUCCAGUCCAAGGAUAGACUUCUGGGAGUCUACAGCACACACGCUUAUCCUCACACCGAGAAGGAGCACGGCCUUCCGUUCUGCCUUAAGGGUCUUGACAUGGUGAUCUACAACACCUUCAAGAGCCUAGGCUUGGAAGUACACUUGUGUGCUAUUCUCGAAAACCCGAAAGGCUUUCGAAGGCGCAAGCUUUACAAUGGGGAAUUCUCAGAUGAAGAUACAGAUGCCGAGCCAAUGCAGAAGAAGAUGAGAUUAGCGAAGAACAAUAAUGGGGCCGGAUCAGACUCGGAAGACGACGACGGUAGGAAGUACUACACCAGGACCGUAGGAUACAUCAACCAAGCAUACUCCACGGACGAGCAGGUUGAGUACCGAGAUGACAUGAAACGCAUCAUCAACGAGGCCAUGGGAACCGAUAAGGUUAAAUUCGACGCUAGCAAGAUCAUUUGGCUGAACAAGAACAAUGGCGAGUCGAAUAUGCAGGUGUCAUAUAUGGCAGUAGGUCCAGGUUUCGAGGCGACGGCACGGGCCCAACAUUUUCCUGAUCGGGCCUGCAGCGAAAAUGGAACCUUCCCAGGCAACCGCUCAAUGUUCCAAACUAACUUGCCGUGUAUUCUUGCCAAGUUCCUUUCCCACGUCACAACGAGCAUGAGUCCCCGUAUAUGCUCGUGCACUCUCUGUGGAUGGAUCGUCGUCGAUGCACCAGGCAGCGUUUCUUGGCUGAAUCAGUUCCGCGGAGUCACUUCAAGUCCAAAUGGCGUCAUUCUCACCGGUGUUGGCUUAUACGAUGAUCCGGCAAGGGGCGCAUUCAUCGCCCCAGUCGACCUCAAGCGUCGUUGGGAUGACCCAACCUACAACAGUAUCAGCUGGGGCCACGACUACGGGGGAGCCAGUAUCGUCGAUAAUGAACACCACUUUCCGUUCGAGGACAGAUUUUCCGACCGGGACUACAUCGACCCCGACCCCGUUCUCAGCGCCAAUCCGUACGAAGCUGAAGAGGCACACCACUUGCUCACUGAGGCACCCGAAGAGCCGCCAAGUCCAGAAGGGCCUAUUUCCGAUGCUGCAGCCCCAGAACCAGAACGGGACAGCUUCUAUGCGCUCCCAGAGGAGCUACGUCCGGAGACGUCGCUCAAGACACUGCGCUUCAAUGCAGGCGAGCGCAUCAACUACCUUGAUAUUGGAUUUGAUGGUUGCAAAAUUGUGAGCUUGGCUAUCUUUCCCCAUUCUUCAUCUAUCGCAAGACUAGCACAGGAUGACAACAGAUUGAGAAAUAUGGGGAUGUGGUACCCUGAGGUCCCGGGACCAGACCUCUGCUUGAAUGAAACUUCUUUCGCCCCCAGGGAACAUUACUUGGACGGAUUCAAACCACUAUUUUGGACCUCCUUCGGCGGCCCAGGUGGUGCCCACCUUCGAACACUCAAUAAUAUCAGAGUCGUCCUGGGCCGCGCCGGCAUAUACCGCAUCGACUUCACAUACAAUGUUCCAGAACUCGAUAGAACGUUCGGUUGCCAAAUGCCUGGAGAUUUGACAAAGGAAAUCAUUUUUGAAAUCGAUGGAGCAGGAGGCGAACUCAUCAAUGCGGUCGAAAUUCUCCAGGAAAACGUUGACCCUGAAGAUGCUUACACAUGGAUGGUGGAAGAAGGAUUCAUAGCUGCAUUCAAGUCACCACAGGUCCUGGAGAGGCCAUCACUGGGUUUUACGGAAGCCAGGUAA